GCCGUAAAUCUUCAAUACAUUUAAUGUUUUCUGGUCAAAAUAUCGCUAAAAUACCAAAUACUUUUGACAAAUAUUGCACUUUUAUUUUAUAAUCAUCUUUAUUUAAGUGGCAUACAUGCAAAUAAACAAUUGAAUUGCAUUAAAUAUUGAAAUUUUACUAGCGUACUCUAAAGUACUCUAUCGUACUCUGUUUAGUAGUACCCGAAAACGAAAGUGCUCUUUCAAUCUGAGUGAAUGCAUGUGACGUUUACAUGAUUCAGAUUGCCAAAGCAAGUACAGUAGACCAAUUUCAUUUCGUAGUACAACUUUUACAUUACAGGUCUUGAUGAGGAUCAUUUUGUCAUGCCGUGCGAAACCAGAAGUCAACAAAAGAGAAUCAAACAAACUUCAGAGAGUCGGGACGAAUCUACGAGUGCUUCAGAAUAUUUGAGUGAUUCCCAAGAAGAACGUUCAACCAGUGAAUCGCCAUCAAAGUCUCUAAAACGAACAAAUGAAAGUAAAUCACCAGCCACUUCACCCAAAUCAGUGACACCAGCAACGGCAGCAAGGACUUCUCCAUCACCAAAGACAUCACCAACAAAACCAUUAAAAGAAAGUACACAACCAAAAGCAGAUUCACCUGCAUGUUGUGUUAUGGUUGUAGUUGGGAUAGUAUUAAUAGCUGUACUUGUACAGGUAUUUGGAUCAAAUAGACUUCUGUAUACUAGUAAUUCAAAUGUUAACAACUCAUGUCCUGCUGAUUCACCGGUAUGUAGGAUGGAAAAGUUUACAGAAGAAUUCAAAGAAUUAAAACAUAAUUUCAGAGCACAAGACAGUGAAUUUUGGAAAAAGAUUAAAGUUCCAGUUAUUCGGGUAAUCGAGGAGGAAGAACCGGAGUAUCCAGCAGUGCUUAUGUUUGUUGUUCCAAAGGGAGAGAACACAUCGUGUACUGCUACCUGUUUGGCAAAGCAAUACAUAUCCAAACUUAAUCCGCUGUACACGGACGGGGAAGACGGAUACAUAAACGUCCAAAGUAUGUCUUCAUCUUCAGCUGAUGAUAUGAAAUACCAGCUUGAUAAUAAAAUCAAGCGAGUGUUUGACAGAAAAUCCCACAAACUUCAUACCGUUGUCAUUGAUCAUAUUGAGACCCUCGAUCCACGUGUCAUGUUGCUUUUCCAUGGUUACUGUGAUGGUGACCAUGCUCCUUACAAAGAUGCAGUUAUCAUUCUGGUCCUGCAUACUGACCUUAACACGGAGAUUCGGGGAAAUUUGGACAAAGUUGUGGACAAAUAUUUACUGAUGCUUUGGAAAGAAGGUCUGGAUGCAGAUAAAAUCCCUCCAUUAAUUGCCAGAGUUGCCAAUAACAAAGCAAUGGUUCAAGAUGAAAACUUAUAUUCCUUCAGCUGCUGCUAAUAACAUCUGUGGUUUUGAAUUCUUUACAUAUCUUUAUUAUGUACAUUGUAAGGUGUUUUUUUUUUUUUGGUCUCAUUUGUCAUAAAAAAAUAAAUUUGAUACUGUA